ACCAUCCCUGGUAGAUAAACGCGGCUGUCGCUUCGAAGGUCCCGAUGGCGCGGCUACGAUUGAGCUUCGUGUCCCCAAGGUACUCUACAGCCUCCCAGACCACAAUUCCAAUCCACGUCCAUUGAACCAUCCCAACGUCCACAACUUCGCCCUUCUGCUCUGACGAUGGCCGCAAAACGCAACGCCCGUGACGUUACUCCCUCCCCUCCCAUCAACAAAUCCGGCACAUCCACACCAACCACGCCAGCGCCCGCCGUCAAAAGUGCCACGUCGAAAUCGAAAGAUGCGAACCUAAGUGCACAGGAGGUUGCUGUGGCAAUGUGGGAUAACUACGUGAAGGCGACACCCCAGCGUACGAAGCUGAUUGAUGUCUUCAUGGCAUUCUUGGUGGUGGUAGGCGUUCUACAAUUUGUGUAUUGCGUUAUCGUUGGGAACUAUCCAUUCAAUGCGUUUCUCUCGGGAUUUUCAGCUACUGUCGGACAGUUCGUUUUAACUGCUUCGUUAAGGAUACAGACAAAUGCAGAGAACAAGGCAGAGUUUGAGUCUAUUUCACCAGAGAGAGCAUUCGCCGACUACGUUUUUGGUAGCCUUAUCCUGCAUUUCUUCUGUGUCAACUUCAUCAACUAGCAUAACGAUACCACAUAGCACACGUGUACGACACAUGUAUGAUUAGCAAAAAUUCAAAAGGGCGUUCAGAGAUUGUUACAAUGAAACUAUCACACGUUACUAUUGUCUGUUCUGGUGGUAUUAUGCUCCAAUCCAAUUUAUCCCCCUUCAAUGCUGCCUACCCGUCAUAACGUACGAUAUCCCCGGGAUUUGCAAUCUCAUAUAUAUACUCCGUCUUAACCCAAAACCGGUAAAUCGAGAUGCUAUCGAAUGCGGGCCGUUGUGGUUGGAUAUAUUAUGGUUCUAAUAGGGGUCUUUGCCUGGAUGGUGGAGGAGUGGAAUGCAUGUUUGAUAGGUAAUGUAGCUGCUGUUAGGGAUAAUAAUUUUGUGACAUUUUAUUUGUAUAUUUUUUAUUUUGGCG